AGUUGCCAGGGGGUAUGGAAGGGAGGGGUUAUGAUUGGCUGAAGUGGGAUUGUUGCCUUGGCGACGGAGAGGGGUUUGGUAGCGUUACUGUGCGGCAUGAUCUGCGCGUUGCGAGUAUGAGGAAGCAGCUGCCGAUGUGAUCUCCGACACUGUGAGAAACUGAGACAGACACCUGAACACACGAUUCCAGCCAUACUGCUAUUUUACAGGAACCGCGUGCAUGAUUACCUCCCUGGUUUAAUGGGUCCAAUCAUCGGGAUGUCGCCGGAUAAGAAAGCGGAAACGCCGAGGAUGCAGGGGGAAAGGGUGGGACUUAGGGGUCUGUGUGGUGGGGCGGGGACUCUCCCGGAGGCAGAGUGCGGUGCAGCCAGCCCAUUGGCCACCAGUCUGGACCGGGGGUCCGUUGGUUCCGGGGGCUCUGAGGACGAGGAGCUCACCAACCUCAACUGGCUCCAUGAGAACCUGCUCCAGAACUUUACCCUGGGGGGGGCCGGCGAGGCCGGGGGGGCCCAACCCAGUGCCAGCCCCCUCUUUGACAUUGAGGGCGACACCGGAGCCCCUCAGAACCCCCCCUCUUCAUCCUCUUCCUCCUUGUCACAGAGGGACUCGUUGAAGUCCAAGCCUCCUUUCUCAUUCUCUCUGUUGAUCUACAUGGCCAUAGAGCAGAGCCCCAGUAAGAGCCUGCCAGUGAAGGACAUCUAUGGUUGGAUCGUACAGCACUUCCCCUACUUCUCCUCGGCCCCCACCGGCUGGAAGAACAGCGUCAGACACAACCUGUCACUCAACAAGUGUUUCCGUAAGGUGGAGAGGAGCCUGGGAAAGCUGAAUGGUAAGGGUUCUCUGUGGUGUGUGGACCCAGAGUACAGGCCUAACCUGAUCCAGGCCCUGAAGAAGCAGCACUUCCCUGCAGCACAUGCCUUCUGCACACCGCCUGCCUCCCCACCGCCUGCCUCCUCACCGCCUGCCUCCUCACCCCAUAGACAUCUCUUCCUGCAGGGCUGCUCUCUCAAAGAGUCUGACAUAGAUGCUGCCACUGCCAUGAUGCUCUUAAACGCCGCCCCUGGCCAUCACCAUGCCAAUCCAUGUGAUCCAGAGAGUCCCCUGGACCUGUCCCGGCCAGACUUGGUCCUGGUGAGCAGCGAUCCUAACCAGGACCACAACUACAGCAGUAUGGCCCUGCAGCGCUGCUCCUCCCGCUCCUCCUCCUCCUCCUCCCUCGACGAUGGAGGCCCCUCCCCCGGCCAUGCCCGCCACAGGCCCCGUACAUGCCGCGCCGGCAGUGAGGGUUUCCAUAGCGACGAGGACGACUCCGACCUCGGGGACCGGGACGAGAGAGGCGGCCGCCCCCGGCCUGCUCCUCGCCGCUCCACCUCUUCGGUGAAGCACCCGGCGGGUAAGAGGGCCCGUAGGGAGCUGACAACCAACCCAGAGCUGGAUGAGGAGCUGAAGGAGGCGGCCGGGUCUCUGCUCCACCUGGCUGGAAUCCGUACCUCCAUGGACCUUAACAAACGCAGUGCCAAGAGCAAAAAACUGAACAGGAAAUGAGGUUGUCAUACUUUCCUGCCCUCAGACUCCUGCCCCUGUAACCCCUGACCCCUGAUCUGAUCAUGUGUUCUGAUUGGUCUUGGUUGUGCCUCCUUUUCUGGUUGCUGAUUUUUAAGCCUGUUUUUGGUUUGACACAUCCCUCACUAUCCAACACAAAUGGCAAUAGUAUCAUUGACACAGGAGAACAAAGCCAUAUGGAGACUUUUGUAACUGGGGUGUAUCAGGUGGGUGGGUCAGGGUAAAACUGGGAUGUUUGAGGACUACUGAGAAGAACCAUCAYAAAACUGCUUGUUUCUGAUGGCUUCGCUGCAGAUCCUCAACUCAAAUAAUGUUUUGGGGGAUAAGACGGGAAAAGCUUAAAGUUUUUAUAACUCAAGGCGUUGCAUGCUUCCUCAACCUGUAUCCUCUUCCAAGAGAAUGUGUGCAUGUCUCUAACAAACUAACCUCUCCUCAUGUUGAAGUCAGUUUCUCCGUGCUGAAGAUGCCACUGUUUUUUGAUAGGUGACAACCUUGGUCUGGAAUAUCUUCCAAAAAGAGAUGCAAUAACUUAAACCACUUUUUAUAUUAUUUUUUACUGUUGGUAUUUUUCCUGGGUUGAUGACGGUACUGCUGUUUAAAAACAACAGAUUAAAGUAGUGCGGCUGAUCGUAAACAUCCUUACACGGAGUAGAACGCUGGACUGGGUCCAUGUCAGGAUUUAAUAGCAGGGAGUGGAAACGUAACCAAGGGAAUGUUGGAACUGCUACUGCCAUGGUGGGCAGGGGAAUAAAAUAAAGGUGUCCGACUGCUAAAUCAGGAAGAGUCCACUCUAGUCCUACUGAGAGAAACAUCAUUACAUCUAGAUCAGGAAGAGUCCACGAGUCCUACUCUGAGAGAAACAGAAUUACAUCUUCAUUGCAUUAGAACCUGCUCUUCCUCUGCUGACCCCUCUAAUUCUGUCAUUAAUUAUUUGCAUUUAGUGUGUAAACUGAGAAAUUACAUUUAAUAUAUUCUAUCCUGUCUUGUCCCAUCUUAUCCUAUGCAAGGUGUAGUGUAGAUUAAUCUGGCUGAAACUAAGCAAAUGUUGUUGUAACCAUAGUGAUACCAAGACAAUGCGCUUGGCAUGAGGGCGCUCAGUUUUCAAUCAUGUAAUACUAGUCACACCUACUCGAACGUUAGUAUUCAGGCCAAAGGGAAGUUAAAACAAAGAUGUUAUAAUAAUGUUGUUGUGAGGUUAGAUGGACAAUGUUGUGAGACUUAUUGUACUACUGCCCCUCCUGAAUGUUGUUGGCUGACCCUGUGGCAGAGUUCAGACUGUGGUGACAGAAAAAGGCUUUGCUUCGUCGGAGGGCAAAAUCAGGAAGUGCACCACUCUCCUCUCCACUGUACAGUGAUGUGUUGAGGGCCAGUUGAUUACAUUGAGUUCAGUGACGGAAAGUACAGGAUGUGGAAACAGAACUUGUGAAGUGAUGAGGCCAGAGUGGUGCUCUUUGGAACUUGCAUAAGUAAGCAAAAUGCCAAUAUGCCCAUAUGAUUAGAAUAGCUUUUAGUUGGUGCACUGCAGUACAGUGUACUGUCCUCUGUCAUGAGCCAACUUAAGUGCAAGUUAGGUUUCCACUUGUGUUGUAUCACAGGAAAUGCUAAAUUAAGUCACGUUAGUAAGUAUAUAUUGUAUGCAGUGCCAAACAUGAAUUUGUGUCACAGAAGUGGAACUACCAAGGCCAUUGCAGCCAUCUUCCUCUUCUCACAGCAUUUGUGACUGACAGUAAUGUUGUUGCCCCUGUUUCUUAGAAGCCUGCCAACAGGAAAUGUAGGAGAACUCUGACCUAGUCUGAUAUUCAGUUUAUUUUGGUUGUUCUGGAAUGGGAAUCGCUGUAUUCUGUGAAUGGUAAUUUUGUUCUUAGAACUAAACUGCAGUUCUCCUAAAUAAGAUGGACAUGGAAUACACUGGUCUUAACUGGAUGUGAAUAAACAAAGAACAAAUGAAUGGUGUCCAUUUAAAUUUAUAAUGGACUAUUGAAAGGAACUUCUAUCAAAUAAAGGUAAUUUGAAGUGAGUGGAAAGGUUACUUCCUCUCUCCCCUCUGGAAAAUCCUUUUGAUACUUAUUUAGUUUUAUUUUCUAAAUGAUAUUUUACUGCCAUAGACCACUAUUUUCACURUGUGUUAUAGUGAUUGUGUGUCUGAGAAAGUACUGUAUAUUGCCAAUGUAUAUUGUCUUUCGAGCGGGUGUUUUUCAAUUUAACCAUGACUGCCAAGUUUUUCAAUGUUUUGUUGAUGGAUAAAAGACUUGAUUAACAUUGAUUCUGAACCAUUUUUUUUGCCAACUGAUGUUGUACAGAGAAGCAAAGGUAGACAUUUCAGAUGGCAUUCCCUAUCUUGAUAGGGAAAGUUGAUAUAAUCAUCAUAAAGGUGUUGAAGGGUAUCUGAAUUUGUACUGUUUGUUUAGAUAAUAUUCUGACUGCCCUAAGUAGUCACACCAUAGAUAUUAGUUGGCACCCCCUCUCCAUGUUAGGAUCCUGCCACCAUAGAUGUUGCCUACACUUACUGAAACUAAACACCCACAUUUCUGAGGGUUGCCCUGGUGUUAGUCUUGGUACCCCCAUGGACUUGUGUUUAAACGUAGAUGGUUGAGAACAACUUCCAGUAACUGGUUCAUGCUGUUGCUAGAAGAAAGCUCUUAUCAGACUCAACAUGAAGAUGAUCCUGAGUCUCUCAGUAAGUUCAUGUUUUUUUAUACUGAACAAAAAUAAUGCAACUAGCAUUUUUACUGAGUUCAUUUAUAAGGAAAUCMGUUAAUUAAAAUAAGAGGUCCUAAUCUAUGGAUUUCACAAGGGUACAGCCAUGGGUGAGCCUGGGAGCCAGACCGAGCCAAUCCGAAUGAGUUUCUCCUCCACAAAAGGGCUUUAUUACAGACAAAUACUCCUCAGCACCUCAGACUAAUAAACACGACGAGGCACCCUAGGGGUCUGUAUCGUCACCAGUAAUGUUCGUGACACAGUGACAGAUUAUGCUAAACUCAAAGCUACAUACAUAGGAUGCUUCAUUGUUUGAAAAUGUGUUGUAUUGAUUAUGCGUUUUUAUUUUCUCACUCAGUUGCAAUUUAUUGAUUAUGAUAAAGCGUUUUGUCGCAUUGAACUAACUAAAGCUGCCGACCCAGUAUCCAUCAGUCGUCUGCCAUGUCUGUUAGACAGACCUUUUGGUUUGUGUAUGCUAACCUGUUUAUAAAGUUUAUUUUCACCAAAGAUAUGCAAUUUGCAUUAUAUAUGGUAUUACAAAAUAAAUAAAAUCUUGUUUUAU